AUGGCACUAAAUCCGCAUGUUCACGAGAACCUAAAGGCCAUUCAAAGGGCUUUAAGCAACUAUGAUAUGUCAUUUUUAAGUGAUGAUGAGGAGGAUUUUUGUCCACUUUGUCUUGAACCUAUGGAUAUUACUGACAAGAACUUCAAACCCUGUCCCUGUGGAUAUCAAAUCUGCCAGUUUUGCUAUAACAAUAUCAGACAAAAUGAAGAAUUAAAUGGUAGAUGUCCUGCAUGUCGUCGUAAAUAUGACGAUGACAGCGUUGAAUACGUUGUAUUGACAGUGGAAGAAUUAAGGAUGGAAAGAGAAAAGCAGACACGUAAGGAAUGGGAAAGGAAACAACGUGAAAAGGAACGCAAGGAAAGUGAGUACGCUAAUAGAAAGCACUUGGCAGGAAUGCGUGUAAUUCAAAAAAAUCUGGUCUAUGUGGUUGGUGUUAACCCUCCAGUGCCAUAUGAGGAAGUCGCUGGUGUACUAAAAUCAGACAAAUAUUUUGGUCAAUACGGUAAGAUCAGUAAGAUUGUUGUUAAUAGGAAGACUCCUGUUGGUAGUAAUAAUGAUCAUUACCAUUCUAAUACUAGCAAUAAUAGCAGUAGUGCAACCAAUGCAAGUGGUAAUGCCAAUGGUCCUAGUGGUACCGUUCCUGGUUAUGGUGUUUACAUUACAUUUGCCAAAAAGGAAGAUGCAGCACGCUGUAUUGCUCAAGUUGAUGGUACCUAUAUGGAUGGCAGAUUGGUAAAAGCCGCCUAUGGUACGACGAAGUAUUGUUCAUCAUAUUUACGUGGAUUACCAUGUCCAAAUCCAAACUGUAUGUUUCUUCAUGAACCUGGUGAAGAAGCGGAUUCAUUUAACCGUAAAGAAUUGAGUAAUAAACCAACUACACAACGUAAUACUCAAAGUAAUGGGCCAAUUUACAGAAGUGGUGGCGCUGGUGGUCAUUUCUCAGGUACUUCUUCACCUGCAGCUGUUAAAGUCCAGCUUCAUCAUGAUCAUCACAGCAAUGGUAGUUCAACUCCAAUUUUAACACCUGCGCCUGUACCCACAGGUUCAAAUCCCUGGGGGGUUUCUAACAAUACGGCACAACUUAACUCAAUUAGUCUUUCGAAAAAUGGUAGUGCACAUAAUUUACCAACAUUGGGUGAAACUUUAAGCCAACAGCAACAACAACAACAACAACAACAGCAGCAACAACAACAGCAACAACAACAACAGCAGCAACAACAACAACAACAUGGAAUUAGCAAUGAAAGCUCUAAUAACCAUAGUAAGAAGAAACAACAAGAUAAAUCUAACGGUAAGGAUUACGCUGAUCCAUAUGAUGCGCUAGGUAGUGCGGUUGCCUUCUUAGAUGAAAGAAUUAAUUGGUUCUCCAAUUACCAAAAUCAUGAAUUCCAUUUACAAACUAAUUUAGUGGAUGAUGAAACUUAUGGUCAUUAUCCAUCUUUGUUUUCCUGGGAAAACUUAGACACUUCCGAACAAAGUGAUCAAACUUUGACAAGAAAAUUGGUGGACAUCCUUGCAAUUAAUCCUGUGGAUUAUUCUGCAUCUGUGAUUUCAUUUUUACAAAAUGCAAGUGCAAGUACAAAUUUAACAUCAAAUGCAAGCAAUACCCCAGUUGCUGCUGCCGCAGCAGCAGCAGCAGCGGCUAACACUACCCCUGCAACUACCACUACACCACUACCUCAACAGAUUCAUCUACAUCAACAAGUACCACCCCCAGCGGCGGCAGCAGCAGCGGCGGCAGCAGCAGCAGGAGGACCAGCACAACAUCAACAACAUCCCCUAAAUGUUAAUACGCCACCACCACCAGGUAUUUUUACACCCCACCAAAUGGCUCUGCAUCAACAACAACAACAGCAGCAACAACAACCUAUGGCCGCUGAAACUGCUGCAACUCCAAAUUCAGCUGAUUUUCUCAAUCAGUUGAUUAACGGUAGAAGAGUCGCUGCAGGAAACUAA